AUGAAAGGUUCAACUGAAUUAAGUCCGUGUCAAAGUCAAGCGAUGCGUCUUAAUAGACUUGAAUAUCGUCGUUUACAACGUGAUAUUAAUAUUAUGAAUAAUGAUUUACGUGAAAAUCUAAAUCGUUUACAACGGCAAGCUCAAGAUCUUCGAUAUCGCUAUACAAAGUUUGUCCGUCUUGUAAGACCAAAUCCAUCAUUUGCAUCAUGGAAACUUGCGCAACAUGGUCAUCAAGCAGAACAAAAUGAACAGAGGAUUUCCUUAGAAUCAAUAAAUCUCAAACCAAAACCAAAAUCACGAAAACAACAAGUUCCAUCAAAUGAAAUUUCUCAUGAAGCAAGUUUGCCAUUACUGGUAUCACUUAAACCAGAAGCUAACGAAGAAGUUCUACCUAUUAUUGAUUUAACUGAAACUAUUCUUCGGCCAAGAACGUCACCGGUGAAUAAACGUUUACCCUAUCAACAUCGUGUAAAACCCGUGCCAACAACACGUCACAAUCAACCUACUAUGAAUUCGAACAGGACACAACCAUCCGAUAUAAGUUCGGUUUCUUACGUAUCAUCAAUGGUUUCUUCAAUUACUCGAACAGUAGUAACACAAGAUAAAAAUGUUCCUAAACAAAACGUAUCUCAUAACGAUUCUCCACGUCGAAAGCCAUUACUUAACCCACUAACUCAAAAAUCUAUUGAACGAACAACUCGUAACGACGCAUCUCGAUCAGUCCAGAAAGAAUCAACAACAAACAAUCGAACUCUUCGAAGAACUCUACGAUCGGCUGAUGCUCUCAAAUAG